CCCGAACACGUCCUAAAAAGCGACAAAUACCUGCAGGGGUGAGACGGGGCCGGCCGGGUAUCAGGGGCUCUGCCCGGGGCACGGCGGGUGAGAGGGGUCGGGAUCAGUGACUUCCUAUCAGCCGGUUGCAGAGUCUCUGCCGCAGGAAGCUGCCCCCCCCCUCCGUCCGGGAGUCACAUGGCCGAGUGCCCGGGGUGACGCUUUAACCCUUUCCGUGCUAUGGCUGCGAAGGAAGAUCUAUACAGCAAAAUCAUCCCGAGGCGGAACCGGCAGCACCGCGCAGGAACCGUCAAACAUGGAUCCUCCCUGGAGAUCCUGCUGUCCAUGGGAUUCCCCAAAGCUCGGGCGCAGAAAGCGUUGGCGUCGACGGGAGGGCGGAGCGUCCAGGCGGCCUGUGAUUGGCUCUUCUCUCACCUGGACGACCCGUUUCUGGACGACCCCCUGCCCCGCGAGUACGUCCUCUACUUACGGCCCACGGGGCCGCUGGCGCAGAAACUCAACGACUUCUGGCAGCAAUCGAAGCAGACGUGCGGAAAAAACAAAGCGCACAACAUCUUCCCGCACAUCACCCUCUGCCAGUUCUUUGUGUGUGAAGACAGUAAGGCCGACGCUCUCUGCGAAGCUCUGCAGACGACGGUUUCAAGCUGGAAAUCCAAGUUCCCGGCCCCGCUGCCCCUGGAGCUCUACAUCUCCUCCAACUUCAUCGGCCUCUUCGUGUCGGACGACUGCGCCGACGUCCUGAAGAUAUUCGCCGCCGACUUCGCACGGGAAGCUUUGGAGAAAGCGGAGGUCCGCGUGGAGCCGCACCGGAAGCAGCUGCACGUCACGCUGGCGUAUCACUUCCAGGCCGCUCACCUCCCCGCGCUGGAGAAGCUCGCCCACGGCAUCGACGUCACGCUGGGCUGCGAUUGGGUGGCCGCCAUAUUCUCCCGAGACAUCCGAUUCGCCAAUCACGAGACGCUCCAGGUCUUGUACCCGUAUUUGCCGCAGAACGACGACGAGCUGGAGCUGCUCCCCGGCGACUUCAUCUUCACGUCUCCGGCAGAACAGAGUAACUCGAGCGAGGGCUGGACCUUCGGCACGUCGCUCGGCACCGGCUGCUCCGGCCUGCUGCCCGAGAACUACAUCUCCAAGGCCGACGAGUGCGGGACCUGGGUGUUCCACGGAUCGUAUUCCCUCCUGAAUUCCUCGUCAGCCAUCUGCGUCGGGGACGGCGGCUUGGAGAGGAAAUCGCACGACGAGAACUUCCUUGGAGACGCGGCGUCCCUCACCAUCAUCUGUCAGCCCAUGCAGCCGCUGAGACUGAACGCCGCGCCGGGCCCCGGGAAGCGCUGUCUGUUUGUCUGCCGUCACGGGGAGCGGAUGGACGUGGUGUUCGGGAAAUACUGGCUGUCCCAGUGCUUCGACGCAAAAGGCCACUACGUGCGGAGAAAUUUAAACAUGUUGCCCAGUUUGCCCCCGAGGAGCGGAGGUUACAGAGAAUACGAGAAGGACGCCCCGAUCACGGUGCUCGGGUGCAAACAAGCGAAGCUGGUUGGACAGGCUCUGUUGGAAAGUAACACCGUCGUGGACUUCAUCUACUGCUCGCCAUCACUGCGCUGCGUCCAGACCGCGCACAACGUCCUGAAAGGUCUAAAACAAGAGAAUAAAGGUAAAAUCCGGGUGGAGCCGGGAUUAUUUGAGUGGACGAAGUGGGUUUCCGGCAGCUCGCUGCCCGCCUGGAUCCCCCCGACAGAGCUGGCGGCGGCCAAUCUAAGCGUCGAUACAACAUACAGACCUCACCUCCCCGCCAGCAAGCUGCUGCCCUCCGAGACGUACGAGACGUACAUCAGCCGAAGCUUCCACGUCACCAAGGAAAUCCUCAGUGAAUGUAACGGGAAAGGAAAUAACGUUUUGAUCGUGGCUCACGCGUCCUCGUUGGAGGCCUGUACCCGCCAGCUCCAGGGCCUCACCCCCCAGAACGCCAAGGACUUCGUGCAGGUCGUCAGAAAGAUCCCGUACCUCGGCUUCUGCUGUUGCGAAGAACUCAGUGAUUGCGGAAUUUGGCAGCUGACGGACCCCCCGAUCCUUCCUCUAACGCACGGCCCCACGGGGGGCUUUAACUGGAGAGAGACGUUACUUCAGGAAUGAAAGGGGCCACAGGGGCCUAAAGAGUCUGAAAGCCUGACGUACGGACGCAAGCGAAGCGCGCCGGCCAUGCGCCGCCUAAACCUUCUGCUUCUGAGUUUACACAAAAGCUUUUAUUAUUUGCGGCUGAACCGGCGCUAAUCCCCCCGUAACGGGGGCCGCAUCGCGCUUCCCAUCCGCCGCCAUCUCAUUACGCUCCGCUAAAUCCCC